UCAUUGAUCUGCUCCUCUCCAGCCCCCAACCUCUCCCCUUUAUAGCCAACUAACCAGUCGAUCCUCUGUCUGUCCCACGCCCCCUCCUUCUCUGCGGCUUCCCUUUCAAAGGAAGGAAAGACAGAAAGCAGGGGAGAGAGAGAGAGAGAGAGAGAAAGAAAGAAAGAAAGAAAGAGAGAGAGAGAGAGGCGAUGCUUCAGGAGGAUUAACUCUCAGCAGCAUCCAAACUUCCUGGAAGAAAACCAAACCAUCCAGAAGAGGGGAAUCCUUCUUUAAUCCAUUUCCCACCUCCCUUCCAAAUAAAUCCACUCUUGUGCCGGCUCUUCAGAGUUGAAUGAGUGGCCAUGUGCAAGAAAGCGCUCCGAGCCCUCCUGCUUUAUGGGAUAUUCAUGCACUGCAGCGUCUACUCCUCACCGGCCGCCGGACUUCAGUUCCCAGCCCUCAGUAGGCUGGAAGAUGAGGUCUACGACGAGGAGGGUAACCCUUUGCCGGACUACGCCUUCGACGGCGAGCCCCUCGGGAUAGCCGACCCGGCCUCCAUGCUGGACGACGUCUACACCUUGUAUUACCCGCCGGAGAAGAGGCACGCGGAUGGGAUCUUUAAUAAAGCCUACCGGAAAGUGCUGGGCCAGCUGUCGGCGAGGAAGUAUCUCCAUUCCCUGAUGGCCAAGAGGGUCGGGGGCUCUGCCAGCGGCCUGGAGGAGGAGGACUCGGAGCCGCUUUCCAAGAGGCACUCGGACGGCAUCUUCACGGACAGCUACAGCCGCUACCGAAAGCAAAUGGCUGUCAAGAAAUACUUGGCGGCCGUCCUGGGGAAAAGGUAUAAACAGAGAGUGAAAAACAAAGGACGCCGAGUAGCCUAUUUGUAGCGAUGAUGAGUUUUCCCAACCCGCUCCUGUGUGUGAGAUACAAAAGACCCCCCUCGGAGGGGAAUAAAAAAAAAUAAAAUAAAAAAAUAAAAUAAAAACAACAACAACAACAACAAAAACAAAAACAAAAUUCCGAGAGAGGACCCUUUCCCCCUUCCUUUAAAAAAAAGGUCAUUUCCCAAACUUGACGGAUCGAUCACUGCUCCUGUGUUACCUAAAACAUGUAUUUAUGUAUGAAGUAAAGCCAUUAAAUGAAUAUUUUGAUAAUAAGAUUGUUUUUCUUUUGUACAAAUAUAUAUAUACAUAUAUAGAUAUACAUAUAUAUAUAUAUAUAUAUAUAUAUUCCCCCUCCCUCCACCCCAGCCCCCAAUAUUUCAGCAUUGAGAAACGCACAGAUUUACUUCGUGGACCAAUCCCUUUCGAAGCAGGUAGAGAAAUCAAUUUUAAAAAUAAAAUAAAUUCAAAUCAAGGAUGGAGGUGAGACUGGAGAAUAUAUAGGGAAGAGAAAGUCCUAGCCCGGUUUCCAAAGGGUCAGCAGGGCACCAAGAGACCGAGGUUGUUUCCCCCUGAGCCUUGGUUGGGACGUUUUUGUAUAUGGAAAAGAAUAAUAAUAAAUAUAUUUAUCUAUCUAUCUAUUUAUUGAGAGAGAGAGAGAGAGAGGAAAGGGAGGAGAAAGACCAAAAAAGAAAAGAAAAGAUGAGUGCGACAAUCAUUGCUUUGCAUAUUUGCUGCUAUUUUUGUAACGGAAAUUCAAAGGAGAGUAUUUUGUAUCCACGACAGGGUUGAAGCAAUGACUGUUCUCCAUUUGCUGCUGUUGUACAACAGACACAGAUGCUAUAUCCAAGGGGAGUGUGAGGCUAUGGAGGCGGGAGGGUGGCUGUCGCAGGUGAGAGUCACAUCGGGAAACUCCUUUCACACCACCUUCUUCCUUCCCUCUAUUUCUCCACUUUCCCUCCUUUUUGGGCUAGAGGUGGCAUCAUUGCCCCUACAGAAAGAAGGGAGCCUUCUCAAGCUGGUGUGAAGGGGUCUUUCCUUUGUAUCCGCACUGGGGAAAGAAUGCGGCUUGAUACGGCUUUCACUGCCAAGGCUCAAUUGGAGGAAGAAUGUGGUUUGGCACCGCUUUCGCUGUCACAGCUUAGUGCUGUGGAAUUCU